GGAAAAUAUGCCUAGAGGUGAUGAAGCGGAACAAAUAAAAAGCAAGCUUAAAUGAGAAAAGCGAUUUAGAUAUGGAGAUCUUUUAUACGUUUUUUUUCUGUGUUUUUUAUCACCUAGCAUUUGGUAAGCCGACUGCGAAAUUAUCUACAGUUAUUCACGGAAAGGAAAAUGAUAAAUAUGAAGCACAUACCCAUGACGACUUAAUGAGAGAACAUGAAAUAGAAGAAAAAACUGAAGAGAGGGUUGCAAAUGUUGUGGAAGGUGAUAUGAAGCUUUCAAAUGCAUUAAAGGCACUCAGAAAUGGAAAAGAGGCGGAUUCGAGGGAUGUCCUCACUAUACCACAAUAUCAAUGGAAUAAAGAAAUACCAUACAUAUUCAGUGAUACUGCAGGUGAUUAUCUGAAGAAUGUCGUGCAAAGUGCUAUCGAUGACUUCAACAACUAUACUUGUGUCCGGUUUGUACCAAGGACCAGUCAAAGUGACUAUAUUCAGUUUACAACAGGUUCUGGGUGCUGGUCAUAUGUCGGGAAGAUAGGAGGCAUGCAGGAGAUCAAUUUAGGAGCUGGUUGUGAAUUAAAAGGUACAGCCAUACAUGAGAUGAUGCAUUCGCUUGGAUUUUUUCAUGAACAUACUCGUUUAGACAGAGAUAAAUAUGUAAAAAUCAACUUUGAUAAUCUUGUUCCAGGAGUUGAUGAUAAUUUUAAAAAAUAUCAGAUAGGCAUUGCAGACUACUAUGGCCAAGGUUAUGACUUCAGCAGUAUCAUGCACUAUCGUACGACAGCAUUUUCAUCUAAUGGACAAGCAACUAUUAUUCCCCUCGACCAGAGUAUCGAUACAAGCAGCAUUGGUCAGAGAUCAGGUUUCAGCGAUAUUGAUUUGACGCAGAUAAGAAAAGCCAUGAAGUGUGAUGAAAUUGUAAGCACAACGAAAUCAACCACAAAUACACCCACCGGAGAAGUUCCAACAACAGUUCAAACGACACAAACAACCAAAGUUUUGCCAACCACUGAUAUUAUUGUCGAUAUAAAAACAACAACAGUCAAGCCAACAACAACAGUCAAGCCAACAACAGUCAAGUUAACAACAACAUCAUCAACAACAACUGAAGCAGUAAUAUCCACAAAUAACCCCACCACAGUCAAAGCCACAACUGUUGCAUCUACAGUAAGUAAAUCUACUACAACAAAAACUACAACAACAAAAAAAACCACAGUUAAGCCAACAGCUAUCAAGGAUACAACAAAAGCUCCACCAUCAAAUCCAGCUCCAACGACUGUUAAGGUAGUUUCUUCAUCGACACAACGAUCAACAAAACCGCCACCUUCAAACCCUUCACCAACAAAAUCAAAAAUUUUAAUAACAACAACAAGAACGACGAAAAAAACGACUACUACAAAGAAAGUAAAAUCAACACCUGUUCCUCCAGCACCAUCAAAACCUCCAAAACCACCACAAGCAACUGCUGACAGAACUAAAGAAGUCGGUAGCAUCUUCCCCAAAGUGACGAAAAUACCGCAAAUUUAUAAUGGGCCACCACUUUCAACUCCAUGUUCAGAUUACCCAUGCUGGCCGCAUGAUUUUUCUUGGUCAAUGAGCAGCACCACGAACAACUGCAAUUGUCGACACAUCAUUGGUAAUUGCCAUUGUAAAUGCGUGAAUAUGGACAAUGAUAUUGUCAACGAAGGAAAAGGGAACCAUCUUUGUUAUAAAAGAUCAAAACAUGAUCCGUUAUUUAUUUGGACAACAAAAGAAAAACUUCCUGGCAAAAAGUGCAUAGCAAGUCCGAAACAGAAUAACGGUCAGCAGAGAAAGAAAUACUUGUGUUAUUCCAGCAUACCAGGCUACGAGUUAAAAUGGCUGGACAGUAACGAUAGUGGCAGACUGAAGAUGAGGUGCGUGGACGCUUACAGCACAAACAGUGGAACUAACAAGCUAUUAUGUGGAAAACAAAUAUUGUAAGGAUGUAUAAACAAAACUGCAUCAUUGUAAAUACAAUCAUCAACAUGUACACAAGCAACGAUUAAUUAAUUAAACAAUUUAUAGACAACAAA